CAGGCAGAAUUGUGGUAAAUAUUCGACCACAGUGUCCUAAUAUAUAUCCCGCACAUUUAACGUCGUCAUCUCUGCUUUCUCCCUAUGAACUCCAUUCAAUCUGCUCACUAUUUUCUAUUCGACCGAGGACUCUGAUCUUUCUUCUCCUCAUAUGCGCGAUUUGGUGAACACCCAUUUGAUCCUUCACUCAGUUCAUCAGAUAUAAAUAUAUAUAAGGUUAAUUGCUGUGAGUGAUGGGUUCUUGUUGGUUGAUUCUGUUGGUGAUCCUUUCAAGCCUGCUUAGAUUUGGAGUAGGAAUCCAUUGUGGAAAGCAGCCCCUUUCUAAAAUUGCCAUUCACAGAGCUAGACUUGCCAUUCAUAAUUCCGCUUUUGUCAAGGCUACUCCUCUGAUCCUUGGCUUGAAGGGUGAAAGUAGUCAAUGGGUGACAGUAGAGUAUAGCCACCCAAAUCCAACACUUAAUGACUGGAUAGGAGUAUUCUCUCCAGCAAACUUUAGCACUUCCAUCUGUCCUCUAGAAAAUAACAAAGAAGAACCUCCCCUGCUAUGUACAGCUCCCAUAAAGUACCAAUUUGCAAGUUACCAAAAUGAUGAGUAUCAUAAAACAGGAAAGGGAUUAUUGAAACUUCAACUGGUCAAUCAAAGGGCAGAUUUUGCAUUUGCAUUGUUUUCCGGUGGUCUCUUAGAUCCAAAGCUGGUUUCUGUCUCAAAUACACUUACUUUUGCAAACCCCAAGGCUCCUGUUUACCCACGGUUAGCUCAAGGAAAAUCUUGGAAUGAAAUGGCAGUAACGUGGACAAGUGGAUAUAGUGCUGAUGAGGCAAUACCUUUUGUCGAAUGGAAUGCAGAAGGUGAUGCUAAAACGCGGUCUCCAGCUGGAACAUUAACUUUCAGUCAAAAUAGUAUGUGUGGUCCACCUGCAAGAACAGUGGGUUGGAGAGAUCCUGGUUUCAUACACACAAGUUUCUUGAAAGAUUUAUGGCCCAAUUUAAUGUAUACUUACAAGCUUGGGCAUCAGUUAUCCAAUGGUUCUUACAUUUGGAGUAAGUCAUACAGCUUUAGAGCUUCUCCUUUCCCUGGGCAAGACAGCUUACAGCGUGUUGUCAUUUUUGGUGAUAUGGGAAAGGGAGAGGCAGAUGGUUCAAACGAAUAUUAUGAUUAUCAGCCAGGUUCCCUUAACACCACUUACCAGCUUAUCAAGGACUUAAAGAACAUAGAUAUAGUUUUCCACAUUGGAGAUCUUUCUUAUGCAAGUGGAUAUCUUUCACAAUGGGACCAGUUUACAUCACAAAUUGAGCCCAUUGCCUCAACUAUUCCUUAUAUGGUUGCGAGUGGUAACCACGAUCGAGAUUGGCCUGGAACUGGAUCCUUCUAUGAAAACAAUGAUUCGGGUGGAGAAUGUGGUGUCCCAACUCAAACUAUGCUUUAUGUUCCUGCGGAGAACAGGGAAAAGUUCUGGUAUUCAACUGAUUAUGGCAUGUUCCGCUUUUGUGUAGCUGACACUGAGCAUGAUUGGAGACCAGGGACAGAGCAAUAUAAAUUCAUUGAGCAUUGCUUCUCAACAGCUGAUAGACAAAAACAGCCAUGGCUCAUUUUCCUUGCACAUCGGGUUCUUGGUUAUUCAUCCAAUGAGUUCUAUGGAGUUGAAGGAUCAUUUGAAGAACCGAUGGGAAGAGAGAGCCUCCAAGAACUCUGGCAAAAGUACAAGGUCGAUAUUGCUUUCUAUGGCCAUGUUCACAAUUACGAAAGAACUUGUCCUGUAUACCAGCAUGCAUGUGUGCUUAAUGGCUCACAUCAUUACAGCGGUCGCUUCGCAGCGACCACCCAUGUUGUUGUUGGUGGUGCAGGCGCCGGACUUGCCAACUUCUCCCCUCUCAGACCACGUUGGAGUUUCUUUCAGGACUUUGACUUCGGAUUUGUCAAGCUCACAGCCUUCAACCAUUCUACAUUGUUGCUUGAAUACAAGAAGAGCAGGGAUGGGAGAGUUUAUGAUUAUUUCACGAUAUCUCGUGAUUAUCGUGAUGUUUUGGGUUGUGUUGUUGAUAGCUGCUCAAGGACUACUUUGGCUACUUGAGCUAUUUUAUGUAUUCAGAUGUGGGGUCAUUAAGAUUAUAUUGGUUGAGGUAACACCUCUCAUCGAUACAUUCAGUAGCACAUAACACCCCUUAAGUAAUUUAUUAGCAACUAGCCCCCUUGAAUUCAGGAGGAAAACGGGGCGUUGCUGUAAUUUGUCCUUCUAAAAAUGGAAAUCGAGGGCUGCUAAAUGCUAACAAAAGAGUUGAGAUGUGUCAAGUGCUACUAAAAGUAUAGAGGAGGUUGGUUAUUUGCAAUAUAUUGACAUAUCGAACUUUAUACAUUUUGUACAGAAGAAAAGUUGGGAGUCUGAAGUGUAUUUAAUUGCUCUUCUUAACAGAUUGUAUUGGUAAAUUUAUUCAUGGGUUCCUUGUUUUCUU